CACUGUGCAUUAAAGUGUCAUGGCUGAAGGCUGAUUCACUUCUUGGAGGUCCCAAGUCCCUUACUGGGGUUAUAACGUCAAUCAAAAAUGACUAGCAAAUCUGAUAAUAUGGAAAUUGUGUGCGAGGGAUGGUUGACAAAAUCACCACCUACAAAAAGGAUUUGGAGAGCUCGAUGGAGAAAACGAUGGUUUGUUUUACGGCACUCAGGGGAACUACCGGGACAGUAUUUCCUUUGUUACUUCACAGACAGGAACUGUAGAAAACUAAAAGGUCAAAUUGAUUUGGAUCAAUGUGAACAGGUGGAUGCUGGUUUUCAAUUUGAAAAUGGUAAACUCAAGUACCAACAUAUGUUUGAUGUGAAAACACCAAAAAGGACGUACUAUCUAGCUGCAGAUUCUGAAGAAGAAAUGAACCGUUGGGUCGAUUGUGUUUGUCAAGUCUGUGGCUUAAAAGCGUAUUCUCAGGAGGAUACUAACAAUUUUUAUGAUUUCAACGAAACAGAAGAUCAGUCAACAUCUACAGCCUCAGCUGCAGACUCGACGCAAACAGCAGAAGCUUCACCUCCGGUUUCGCCUACAAGUAUUUCUGGUCCGUACAUCCCAAUUUCUGAGUGCAUUUCGGGGAAACCUCUCUCUAGUCCUGUUGGCCUCAACCAAUUUCUCCUUUUCCAAAAUGGCACCGGUCCGCUCACCCCUUCUCCUGUUCCAACGCCUUCACCAAACCCCUCGCUAAAUCCUCCUUCGAAUCUGAAUAAUCCAUCCUCUCACUUCUCAAACAAAACAUAUUCUAAAACUAUAACAGGAAUAACAGAUGAUGAAUAUGACUCACCGCGGCGGUUGCGUCCACCGGGUAACCUGGAUCUGCGCAAUGUCUCUUCAGAAGGAACUCCCCCCUUGCAAAGCCCUGCGACAGAUCAAGAGUCCGUCUUCACUGAUGAUGAGUCACUUACAAGUAAUAAACCGUCGGUGAACUGGGAGACUUUUCCACGACCUUCAGACUCCUCUAUAGAAGGCGAGUUACCAAAAACACUGAGUGCAAGGAAAUUCACAAAGCCAGAUGCUGGUGCCCCGCCUCCACCACGCCCUCCCAAACCCUUGCACUUAGUUCUGAACUCUCCGUCAGAGACAAACCCAUCGGAAACGAAUAAAUCACCCAGUAACUCAGAACCGGAAGAGUGUCCUUUGAUCUCUGACGAGACUUACGAUUUCCCACGAUCUCAUCAAAUGUGUGCUGAGGAAGGCCAAAAAGAGGUGGAAAAUACAAGCAGGCAUUGCUACACAAAUGCAGCACCAGGGAGAGUGCAAGGAGACGUUUUUAGGUAUGAUUUUGCAUUACCUGUUUCGCAUUCACAAGAGGAUGCCCCGGAGUCACCAAGAUCCGAGACUUCAUCUUUAACAUCUAACACAGCUGUCUAUUCCAACCUGCCAAGUCCAGCUCCAGGAAAUGUAGCAGUUGGACAAACCAUCCCUACUCCCCCUGCUGUGAAUAGGGAAUUGAAGCCAGGACGAAAACUUUCCGAUAACUCAACAACGUCCAACGAGCCCUCACCAUUGCCUCCAAAUGUUGACCGCAAGUUGAAACCAGGCACCCUUAAGAAAACGCAUGAAUCUAGGGAUGAUACUCAUGUCACUCACCGGACGCUUGUGUUGGCGUCACCUCCUGCUGGUAGCAUGGGGAAACGGAAGCCAAGAGCAGCUCCUAGUCCAACUCCUCCAAAUCUGCAGCACAAUGGCAAUAGUCUCAAACAUCAGCACAAACACCAGUCUAGCUCAGAGGAUGGUGGUGGUUACCGCACCUCACCCGAAGACGAUCAAACUUACAUUUACAGUCAAGAUAGUUUGCGUUUUCCUUUGAUGAGCAAGAGCUUCACAGGAUCAAAGCGAUUAGAUGAAAUUCAGUAUCUUGAUUUAGAUUUGGACUCUACCGAAGCUUCUACCAUGAACCCCUCUACUCCACCAGCAGUUUCUGCUCCGUUACCGCGGUCACCGCAAGGUAUCACGACUGCCACAGUUUAUAAAACAGUCGAUUUUCUCAAAACAGAGGCAUUUAACCGGACUAGACAGAAAGCUGAGGAAGAUAGAAAACAAGGCACAUUAACAACAGCGGAGCCCUCUUGACCAUAGCUUUGCGUAGAAAAAUUAGCCCAUGUUUUCUUUGAAAAUCUCAAGUCUCGUUAUUUUUGCAAAUUCAGCAUUAAUUCUUAGUGAAACUACUUUGAGCACCGGUGCAGUUAUCAGUUAAAUCACUUUUGCCUUUACUGGUGCUAGUUGUGAGGAUCCACAUCAAACUACCAAAAUGAGUUGUGACGGUUUUGACCAUCAGAUCGCUGAAUCUAUGAGUAGUGUCUUUUUGGGGUUGUUGAACCUGGUGACAUUCAGGCUGGAUCAAAUUUAGUACUCUUUUCAAGGAUCCAAAGAAUUUUAAGUCUUAAAUUCCAUUCAGCAAUUACCACUGUUCGAAGUUACAUUGAUGGCAGUUCAUCAGAAAGUUUCAAAGUUUUCUUGUUGAUCUGCCUUCAGUUUCCAAGAAUUUCUCUUCCAAAAUGUUUUUCUACUCUUCUUUUCAAGUGCCUUAUGCUCAAUUGUGAUUUCUAAUCCAAUAUUUUCAGGGCCUUCAACUGUUGUGAUAAGCAAAUUUUUUUAAAUGUCUCGAUCAAACUGCCUUAUUUACAUGAAAACUGUAUGCGUCCGCUAAUUGUACACGCCCCCAAUCCUUAUUACCUUGUGGUUUGAAAAAAGAAUUUAAUGAAACAAAAUCAUCCUGAUAAUCACUAUUACUUGUUAGCAUGUGGUGAACCUCAGGGACGCUUUAAGUUCUUGGGUGCAAAAAUUGGUCCCUAUUGCAGCCUCAAAAUCUCCUCCCUCACGGAAAAUUUUCUCCCUACGAAAAGAUUAAAACUACGUGUUGAGCCAAACAAUUUAAAAAAGUAAUGUUCUCUUCUUCGUUUUCCUCAUUUCCUGGUCAAAUAAGUUAAGAACAAAAGAAACACAUCAACAAAAUUCCUCAAGCACUUUUUGGUCAAAUUUGAUAUUGUUAGACUUCCUGUUUCAUGAGACUGAAGAGAGGAAUCAGUACAUCCUAUUUUAGUAAAAUAUUUGCAAAAUAAUCGAACUCCCAGGAUUUUUUUUUUCUUCAUUUAUUCCAGAAUGGAAGCAGGCUCAUCCCAGUCAGAAAAAUAGUUUAAUUUUGGCCAAAUUACUAAACCUUUAUUUUGCAGCUGUCAUUUUCCGUACAGUUAUAACAUAUCACUCAAAUGGUGGGUUGCUGGUAAUAGUAGCAUGAUGAAAUAAUUUCAUUUUUUUAGAAAUUAUCAUUCCUUCGAUUGUUGAUCAUCAAAAUUUUCAUCAGAUGACUUCACAAGCUUGAUGCGCACUUUAUAAAUAGAAUAGUUGCAAUACUCAUAAAUGACCAUUGCAGAUUAUUGCUUCCAAAUACCACCUAAGUAGGUGAUCAGCCGUUUUAUUUGGGCGCAUAAUCUAGCUCUGAAAAAUGAUAACUGCUAUCUUGAAUUUAAUUGCACCCUGUGCCAAAGCGGUCAUUAGCUCUUUCAUUUGAUAAUUGUUUUAUUGUAAAAGUUGUGUUCCACAUCUAUCUGACUAGUCAAGAUUCUCUAUUUCUCUAAAAAUCAGUUUGUUGCAUGAAGCGUGGAAUCUCUGCCCUGAAACAUGCAGCAGACAUCUAAAGGACUUUUCCUUUGAUUUUCCUGAUCAUUGGGUCGGAGGAGAAGAGAGAGAUCAUGUGUUGAUAGCCAAUUUGGAUUGUUUUCUGAUGUAACCAAAUAAUAUUAUUUUGCAUACUUAACAAGUAUCAACUAUCAAUAUGAAAUUCUGUGACUCCUGCAAUCGACUCAUUACGCUCAUACAUCAGUUGUACUUACACAUUGUAAGUGUGAACUUUUUGAGAACAGACAAGUCAUUUCUUACACUUACAGAAUCAAGGAUUUAAACAAUAAACAAACCUACGGACUAUGAAUUUGGACUUAGGUCUGCUCAAACUUCUUUUUUUAUUAUUAUAUCCUGAAAUAAAAAUUCCUCUCCUUAAAUCUCAAUUUUUUUUUUCUUAAAUCUUGAACUCUUCUCUUGCCUAGAGUCCAUGCCACAUAAAUUGACUCACUUUUACUAUGAGACAGAAGAUCCGUCAUCUUGUAUUUACUUUCAAUGCCCAACAGGAAACAGCUGAUCUUUUGCCCCACUUUAAAAGUGUGUAAACUUAUUCGACACGGACUUUACCGGAAACAGUAAAGUGUCUAACUGCAAAAUCAGUGUAAGUGCAUUACCGGACUUUUGAUGUUUCUUCACAUCACUUGGUUUGCUAAUCUUUGACGUUUAAUAUUUUGCAACCAAGAGAGUCAUAUCUUGUAUCUAAGAUACGGAGAAAAACUUUUGGUAACAUCUUGAUUGCUUAGAGUGAUGGAAUUUUAACUUUGUCGUCCCAAAAAAUUUUAGACUCCAUCUGGAUGCAUUUGACUUAUCAGCCCAGUUUUGGAACACCUCUUUGUCUCAUUAUUUAACGUUCUGUGAUAUCUUAACAAGUAAUUUAUUUUUUUUCUAGCAAAUGAAAAUCAUAGAAAUAUUUUUAUUAUUAAAUCUUUGUAUGUACAAGUGUUAAAUUUUAUUUUAAUUGUGAACUUACUUACUAUCUUGUAUGCAUAUGUAUAAAUUGUACCAUCAGCUAUUCAGUGCUUUGAAAUAUUUCUAUGUAUUUACGUAUUUCUUCUCUCUUGGUCGUCUUCUUGUUACUUUAUUUUUGUUGUGUGUUAUGUAAAUCUGUUAUUGUAUGUGCAUAAUUAGCUGACUUUGGAGAUAUUGAUAAAUAUCUGAGAAAGGAUGGCUUAGGGGAUUUUGGUUCUUACAUCGGGGAUCAAUUUUCGUCUCAGCCCUGAACUACAAAGCUCUUGAGUGUCGUAUAGACAAUAUUUAGAAAAGUUCAGUUAUGAUACAUUUUCCAAUUUUGCUAAUUCUUUAGUCAACUUGAAAUGUUUUAUUUACAGACCUUUGUAACAGACAUUCAGGCCUCUUCUGAGCCAUUGCAAACUCAGAAUUAAUUAAUCGUGGGGUUGAAACCUCACGGCAGCGAAAGAGUACUCAGAGACACCCUCCUACAGAACUGUUUGUGCAGUUAUUUUAUCAAUUCUCUUUCAGUAAAAUAUUCAUAGACGUAAGAGAGUGUCACUCUCCAACUUGCUCAGACCAGUUUUCUCAAAGUUUUUCAAUACCACUGUCAUGUUAACAUAUUAACCUCUCUUUUAAAUUCAAUGUUUUAAGUUUGGAUUUUUAUUCAACCGUUCUCUCAAUGAUGCCAAUUGAAAAAGAGGAAGGAGUAGUCAUACUCUGGAACACAAUGGCUUCUUGCUGGCAAGACAGUCUUUUAGGGUUGUUGUCGUUGUUAUUUUUUUGCCUUUUUGAGGAUUGCAAGUUUGAUUUAAACUUACGGUUAUGAUGCUUUAUCAAUAAUCGGAAAAACAUAUUUUAAACAUGUUCUGAACAAUUUUACUUUUAACUUUCUACUUGUUAGUGUACCUCUAAUGAUUCAAAACCAUGUAAUACUCUUCAUAAAUACUCAACCGGGAAACUCAGUAGAUAUGAUUUCACUGGCUGGACGGAGCAGCUCAGCAAAAUACUACUUCAAGUUGUGUUAAUUAUGUUUUGCUAUCUUUUUUUCAAGGGCUUUAUGAUGACUUCUUUUUACCCCCAGGUGACUUGGCCUAGGCUUUCAUCAUUAUUGAAUCGGUGAUGGAAAUAUUACACAGAUCAAGUAAAAACUUCAGACAAAUAAUUUAUUUUUUUUCUUUAAGGAGAUUAAUAGCCCUUUGGCAUUAUUCUAUGAAUUACACAUUAUUUUCACCACUAUCUAAAAAAAUUGGUAGGAAUUAAAACAGAAUUUGCUUAUGAUGAGCAUCUUGGCAUUAUCAAAACAUUUGAAUCCAAUAUUUAAUGUGAAAUUUUCCUCUAAGAAGAAUCUUAUUUUUAUUCCUUGCUAAUGAAAUGUAGACUCAUUUGCAAAGGCUGUUGACCAUUUUCAUUUUUUUGUCUUAGAUUCUUACUUUACCCAGAUUCACUCACUCAAUCAAUUUGAUUCAUCAAAUGUUAAUUUAACACCACAGCCGACAUAUUUUUCUCAGUAGCAGCUAGAAUUACCGAUAUAAUGAUAGUAACGUUUCCAAAGUGAAAUUCAGUGUCUUUUGUUUUUUUAAUUCGCCAAGAGUGCCGUUUUUCAUAUUCAUUUAAAACUUGAAGAACUUAUUGUCUCAGUUCCCCUGACUUCUUCAUUUCAUUUAUCCUAGUCUCUGUUAAAAUGCAAUAUUAAUGAUUCAUAUUUGUUCUCAAGUAUUCAUUAAAGUUACAUACAUGUCGAUGGCAAAAGUGCGAAACCCCAUACCUCCGGUUGCAACGUUGGAGACUUUUUGUCAUACUUUGUUUUUUCUGUGGAAAACUAGUUAAUGUAAUUUCUUGGAAACUUUUUUGAUUUUUCCUCUAUGUCACCAGAAUAUUUUGUAUUAAAUGCAAGCUAUAAAGUUGCACAAACCGAUUGUGGUUGACACAUGGGUCGUAAGACAGUAUGUCGGAAUUUUUUAGCCAACGUGCAUUAAAAAUCAGCAUAAAGUUGAAAAACUCGAUACAGAGGGGAAAAAGCUCAUAUGAGCACAAUUGUCCCUCAAAAAGAUAUGCUGUUUCGUACAACAUUAGUUAGGAUCUUCAUAUAUAUUUUAGGGAAAAUUGUGCUCAUAUGAGCUUUUUCCCUCUGUAUUGAGUUUUUCAGCUUUAUGCUGAUUUUUAACAGACGUUGGCUAAAAAAUCCCAACACUCUGUCUGUAAAGAUGGGUUGUUUCUGCUUGAAAAAAUAAAACAUAAGCUAACAUUCUGAGACACUGCAAUAGAGAUACGUCUUUUCACACUUCGGCCAUUGAUGCACUAUUCUCAGCUCUUUUCCAAUGAAGCUAAACAUCGAUUACAGUAUUUUAAAAUUAAUUAAUCAUUUUAAGUUUAUUCUACAUAUUAAUUUUAAUAUUCAGAUUUAUAGAUUAACUUGAUAAUGAAAUCAUCAUUCAAACUGGACAAUUUCUGAUUUCUAUUGAUUAUCUUCUCACCUUAUUUUUAAUCAAUGUGAAGUAAUUGUUAUUUUUGAACUGGAGAUCAACAACAAAGAUCGCAAGGUCAUUUCAUCUCUUCCGUGCCUGCUUACACAAUGUUUAAUGGUCCCUGGAGCAUCAGGUUUCCAGGAUGUCUCAAAUCGAACUUGUAAGACACAAGUAGAAUUAUACUGCCGAAAUAAAGUCUUUGAUCGGGCCUUCUCCUAUGUAAAGGAGAAAAGUGCAAGCAAGCAGUUCCGCCAAUUUUGACCACAUGAUUACUUACAUCAAUUCCAAUAAUUUUCUUGGGUUUUUUAUUGUUGAUAGAGGUCAAUGAACUUUUGAUAAGUAUCUAUGUAAGUGAUGUUGGCUCACUCCUCAUAAAAUGGCAGUCAUCUUAAUUUUAGGUUUCAGUUUCAUCUAAUGAAUCCCUAAACAGCUUGAUCAUUGUGAAUCAUUUGUGAUCUUGUAGCGAAGCCAUAGUUUUAUUGUUUCAUUUUCCAUUAUUCCUUUACUUCAUUGUUUCUGUAUCUAUGUAUGUAAUUAUUUUUCAUUAAAAUUUUGUAUAAAUGAUA